UGUUGCUUGCAGAAGGUUCUUCAAAGGUGGGCAGUUUACCGAACAAGUGUCUGGAGAAGGUCUUGUGGCAGUGGUAACCGGUGCCAACACUGGCAUUGGCUUGGAAACUGUGCGAGGACUGAGUGCAGCUAGAGUAAAGGUAUAUAUGCUCUGUCGCGAUACGCAGAAAGGUGUCGAAGCGAGAAACAAAUUGGCUCAGAUGGGAUGCGAUUCAACCAAACUCAUCCUCUUGCGAUGUGACCUGGCAGAUUUCAGUAGUGUUCGAGAAUGCGCCGAAAGCAUUUUGAGAGAUGAAGAAAAACUAGACAUACUCAUCAAUAAUGCUGGUGUGAUGUUCUAUCCGAAUUAUGAGAGAACCGUCGAUGGUCAUGAAGUGACAUGGCAAAGCAAUCAUCUUGGUCAUGUGCUCUUGACAGAACUGCUGCUACCAGCUCUCAAAAGAGCUGCUAGCGCUCGAAUCAUAUUCGUCUCUUCACGUUUACAUCUUCUAUGCUGGUCACUGGAUCUCGCAACUAUCGAUGACAAGAAGUCAUUUGGUUUUCUCAGCCCUUACUUACACAGCAAACUAGCUAAGUUGAUAGCGGUUUCGUAA